AGUCUGGGGAAAUGGGAGAAAACGCUGAAAACGCACAAGCACUUUGGUUGGUUGAAUUAGGGUUCCGCCAAGAGCCGGAGCGGUGUGCCAAGUGAAAACUACAUUUCCCACGGGGCAGCGGGUCACGUCACAGAGGAACGACUACGCAUGCGUGCAAGGUCCUCCGCGCGCGACUACGCUCAUAAAAGGAAAAAAUGCGUGUGCGGUUUUCGACGUGCCGCCAAUCUUCGAACGCAGGUCUGUGAUCAUCCGCAGACUCCGAAAAAGCGUUCGAGGAACGCGCCUGCUUCCCUCGUCGCAGUUUCCAGCCCGACGAGCUUGUUUUGUCCCAGACUCGGUGCCCCUGUAGACAAUGGCCCUUGUGUCUGCCGAUUCCCGCAUUGCAGAACUUCUCACAGAGCUCCAUCAGCUGAUCAAACAAACCCAGGAAGAGCGUUCGCGGAGCGAACACAACUUAGUAAACAUCCAGAAGACCCAUGAGCGGAUGCAGACAGAGAACAAGAUUUCUCCCUAUUACCGGACAAAGCUGCGUGGCCUCUACACAACCGCCAAGGCCGAUGCAGAGGCUGAGUGCAACAUCCUUCGGAAAGCUCUGGACAAGAUCGCGGAAAUCAAGUCUCUGUUGGAAGAGAGGCGGAUUGCGGCCAAGAUCGCCGGUCUCUACAAUGACUCGGAGCCACCCCGGAAGACCAUGCGCAGAGGGGUGCUGAUGACCCUGCUGCAGCAGUCGGCCAUGACCCUGCCCCUGUGGAUCGGGAAGCCUGGUGACAAGCCCCCACCCCUCUGUGGGGCCAUCCCUGCCUCAGGAGACUACGUGGCCAGACCUGGAGACAAGGUGGCUGCCCGGGUGAAGGCCGUGGAUGGGGAUGAGCAGUGGAUCCUGGCCGAGGUGGUCAGUUACAGCCAUGCCACCAACAAGUAUGAGGUAGAUGACAUCGAUGAAGAAGGCAAAGAGAGACACACCCUGAGCCGGCGCCGUGUCAUCCCGCUGCCCCAGUGGAAGGCCAACCCGGAGACGGACCCCGAGGCCUUGUUCCAGAAGGAGCAGCUCGUGCUGGCCUUGUAUCCCCAGACCACCUGCUUCUACCGCGCCCUGAUCCAUGCGCCCCCACAGCGGCCCCAGGAUGACUACUCGGUCCUGUUUGAAGACACCUCCUAUGCAGAUGGCUAUUCCCCUCCCCUCAAUGUGGCUCAGAGGUACGUGGUGGCUUGUAAGGAACCCAAGAAAAAGUGAUGCCGCCUGGCAGACUCGCCAUCCACCAAUGACACAGGGCAGGACAGCAGAGGACGUGCUGGGAUUAAACACAUUCCCCCUCUA